AUGUCAAGCGUGACGUAUGACGAGCUUUGGAAAAACACACAAGCUACUUUGGAUGAAUUAAUUCAAACGGACACAAACUUACAGAACGCAAAACCGCAAAAAGAUCGCAAAAAAGCUCAUAAUCUGGUCUCCGAGUUGUACGUAAAGUAUAUCAUUAUAACUAACAACCUUGAAUCAUGUUAUGAUCAAGUAAUACAACCGCAAAAGCGAAUAUUAAUCAAACAGCUGCUAGACUCCUGCCUUGGCAGAAUUUUGGAAUUGAAACAUGAGCUAGUCGAAAUUGAUCUAUCGGAAUACAGUUACUUCGAUGACAUUUUAAUAAGGCUUGGUGUCACUCCGCAAGAAAUCGAAAUUCAGUUACCUAGAUAUUUUAGACGUGAACGUCUGAAAGAAAUUGAGGAAAGACGAAGCUUCAUAGAAAGUACUUUGAGGUCUAUUGGCGCGUUAGACGAAGUAAUCUUGCCAAAACAACUGACUGAAUCGGAGGCUAUCAGACUUAUACAGGCACAUGAACGCGCAAGACAGGGACGGUUGAGGUUUCAAUUUAUGAAGGAAAUUCGUAAAAUGAAAGCAAGAUCGACGAUCAAACCGGAAACGGAAGUACAGAAUGACGUGCGCAAAAAAACAGCUGCGAUGAGGAUUCAAAAAGUGUGGAGGGGAUAUGUUACUAGGAGGAAAAUUCGAAAAAGAUGUCUUGAUGAAAUGCUGCUGAUUGGGAUGCUUCAACCAAGUCAAGAAAUUACUGAAACUACUAGACAAGCUGAAAAAGUUAGGCAAGAGAGAUAUCAAAAGCAAAUUAAAUACCAAGAAUUGUAUGAAAAUUUAAUCACUGAAAUUAAAGAACGGAUCCGCAAAGAAAAGAGUGCUAUAAUGGAGGAAAAUAUCAGAAGUGAAAUUCGAAAUUGGAUAAACACGUACUUCCAACAAACAGGAAAGAUUCCAGAUUUGCCAUCUGCUGAGAGCGGUGGAUCCAGAAUCAUAUUUAGUAGGCAGGGAACUGAAAGUACCAUAAGCAAAUCUACAGCAGUAUCAUCAAAAGAGUCUAAAAAAUCUAAGAAAUCAAAAACAAAGAAAGACAGCGAGACUGAGCAAUCAGAAGAAGAGACAGAGCAAGGCUUUAAGUCUAUACCUUCUAACUUUUUAUCAGAAUUAGUACAUUGUAAUCAGGAAUAUCAGGAAAUAUGGAAAAAUAAAGAUGAGUCUAUGAAUGCUGCACAAUUGCCAUAUGUGAAUAUAAUAGAAAAUGAUAAAACUAAAGAAGUUGAGCAUGAAGUUAGAGCUACUGUAGAUCAAGCAUUGAGGGGUGACAUAGAAGCUCUCCAAAAUGCAUUGGACAGAGAUAGAGGAUUUAAAGGUAAACGUUCUAAGAAAGCACAGAAACGAAUUCGUCGUAGUGGAAAGAAGAAUAAGAAAAGAAAAGAAAAGGAUUUGACUCCUGACAGAACAACAGAAUCAUUAUUUGAAGAAUUGUUAACACAGGGCAUCAUUAAGCUUCAUAGAGAAAUUUCACUCAGUGAUUUCAAAGGGGAAAAAUCUUUUACCAAUAAUAGUUUAAGAGAAAAUGGAAAAGAUCCUUUGCCAACAAUUGGGGAUAUAAGGCAAUUAAUAGCUGAAUACUGCAUAAUUCCUAUGGGAAACAGUAGUCUUAGAGAACUUACACCUUUAGUAAGAUCAAUUUUAAUAGCUGGACCGCAUGGAAGUGGAAAGAAAAUGCUAGUAAAUGCAAUUUGUACAGAGCUUGGUGCUACAUUAUUUGACAUUACACCAGCCAAUAUUGCUGGGAAAUAUCCUGGAAAAUCAGGAUUAAUUAUGCUUAUCCACUUAGUAUCAAAGGUAUCACGUUUAUUACAACCGUCAGUAAUAUUUAUGGAUGGAGCUGAAAAACCAUUCACUAAGAAAGUUCCAAAAUCAGAUAAGACUGAUCCAAAACGUUUGAAGAAGGAUCUCCCUAAGUUAGUAAAAAACAUUACAAAUGAAGACAGAGUGAUUCUUAUUGGAACAUCACACUCUCCAUGGGAUGGAGAUCAAAAACUUUUAUAUCAAACAUAUGAUAAAGUCAUAUAUAUUCCUAAACCAGAUUAUGGGAGUAUGUCUCUUGUAUGGAAAGAUCUGCUAAACAAAUAUUCCGGAAUUAACAGACAAUUUGAUACAUCCGCGAUGACUAGAAUUUCUGAUGGUUUUACUAUAGGAACUGUACUAACAUCCAUUAACGAGGUAUCAAAAUUAUAUAUUUAUUACAUUGAACUACAGGUAAUGACGACAAAACGAAUGGUGCAAUUAAGAACUCACCCUUUAACACAUGUCGAAUUAAUAAAUUCGCUAAGCACAAAGGAUCCUAUUUACAGAGAAGAAGAAGAUGCGUUUAUAGCAUGGCUCGUAAAAACCCCAAUAUAUCGUAAAAAACAGCGUGUGCACGAAUUGGAAUUGCAAAAAUCAGAGGAAGCGAACGAGAAGCAAAAGAGAAAAGGAAAAAAGACAUAA